CAACCUGUUUAUAACAAAAUUCCCACAUUUUUUAUAUAAUCACCAUCUCCCUAUGGUCUUUAAAACUGAAAAUAUAUCUUACCUCGGCAUGGGUAUUAUAUCCUAAUUAUUUACAGAUCUAACACACGUACAUCCCAAUAUGUUUUUAAAUGUGGUGAAAAGUGUAAUGACUCCGUUUUGAAUGAUUGCAAAGAACAUUUGUCGAGGAGCAUGGCAAGGAAAUUAUCGAGAGAAUUAAAGCUGAUCUGUUAUGAUUGUUGUUUUAACGAGCAGACCAAAUCGUGGGUAAAAAGGAAGAUGUUUUCAAGAUAUCUCCGCACUAUGAACGGUUUGUGCAAGAGAGGGCAUGAUAGUUAAGGAGGCUUUACACGCGAAAUUACCAAAUAUCCGAAAAUCUGCACAAGAAGCGCAUGACUUUCUAGAUAAACAACAAGGUCUGUUACGGGAUCCCCCGCACGAACUUCGGGCGAAAUGUCUACACACCUUUCAGCUUGCCCUAGAAACAAGAAGAAGCAAAUUCGUCACUUUUGCUCUUGCUGGCCUACAUAAAAUGCUAAGAGAUGAUAGAUUUCAAUCUCCGUAUGAGCCAGAGGAUGAUUCUUUAUGGCUUCCUGCUCAAAUGCUGCAUGCUAUGGGCUCUAUAUUAUCCCAGUCUGAUGAUGCACAGACAGAUAUGCUAAAAGUACUGCUACAAGUCGCAUGUUCAUCGUAUUGGACGAUGAAUGGACGUCUGAUAAUUGCGGUACUCACAACGUGUAGUGAAGCUUUUGAAAAUGGAAAUCAGGCGGUCAGAACAGCAGCGCAGGCAGCUACUAGCCAAACUCUACGAUCAUUCUGCUUAUUUCUAGAUGAAGAGUGUCAAGAAAUGGAUGAAAAUGCCAAACGAAAUAAAAAUGUUCAUGAACGUGGAAUCUCUUGUUUUAACGAGGCAAUACCGAUACUCCAAUAUAUUUGUAGCAAAUUAGAUGAAGCUCAAACUAACGGCAGAAAUGGAACAACAGUCGUGUUUCUACUUGAAUGCCUGCACACGCUGAUAUCGUCUCUUCCUCAAAAAAUCCAUACCAAUACGCACUUCACAACAUUUUUGUGGCAAAAGUUUUGUCCUGCGCUAAUAGCAUUUCUGGGCACACCAAGAGUAGAUAAAACAUUCACAUCCAGGGAAGGAAAAGAGACGGAAGUUGGAAGAGGUUCAGGUUAUUUAGCAACUGCCUUGGGUUUCGACAGUCAUCAGGCUAAAACGGUUUACAGUAUUGGAACGGAAUUAGUUCGACUAGUUGGCUGUGUGGGAUCCCUUCGUCCAGUACUUGAAUCAGUUUUCCACAGAAUGUUAUUGUACCCCCCACCUCAGUACAGAAUAGAACCGCUCAAAGCUCUCCGAGAGCUGUUACGAAGUCCAAGCAGGAUGGUCGAUUUUGCAGGACCUCUGUUAGUGGAGGAUGAAAAAGGAAGUCCACAAAGUGACAUGGCAUUAAUGCGUUUAGUCAUGGAUUCAAUUGAAGAAUCAACAACAGCAGGGCCUAUGGUACUGCAUGCAAGUGUUUCCUGCGUCGUUGCUAUGUUGUCAGCAUUACAAGAGCUUUGUGAAGGAAAGGCUAUCAAUCAUAAUUAUACUUGCACAAUUAAUAGUCUCUAUGAAGAGCUCGAUAGCUGUAACUACCAAGGUCCGUUAACUUAUCAAAGCAUGGCCAGAUUGCCAAAGACUUAUCGCGAGCAAUUAGAGCUCAUGAACAAAGUAAACAAUUCCGAGUCAGAUUCUUCUGGCCACGGUCUAUCAGAAAAUGGAGAUUCGACGGAUACGGAAGGUCCACAAAAUGAGUCUGAUAUAAAUGAAGAGAACAGUUUAGAUGAAAAUGAUUAUUCGUUAGAGAAUGAGAAACAAAGAUUGAGAUUAGAAAAGUUGCCAAAGUGCCUACAUGUUGGACGUCAAAUUGCUGAGGAAUGCAACGUUGACGUGGAACGGCAUAAUGCCAGGUUGUUUGCUAAAACUAUAAGAACAGAUUUAAUUCCAAUGGUAUCAACAUUAAGAAGUAAUAUUCAGGUUGAUGAAGCGUUUCAAGGUUUUGCUUCUGAAUAUUGCCAAGGUGUUUUUGCAGAGCAACAAAAGUUACAAGCUCAGGGCGAUACUAGUGUCGAUACUUGUGCCCUGAUAACGAUAAUGAACGCUGAUGGCAUUUACUUGGCUACGUAUGCUGCAUUGCUUUUGAAUUUAAAGUUAAUAAAGAUUAAUUACUAUAAUGAUGAUUCUCAACAAGUUCCAAUCAGUGAGGAACAAUUCGUUGAGGAAGUUCAUGGCUCUGGUGUACUUGUGUAUCUUUCAGCUACAUGGCUAUCCGAACUGUAUCAACAAGUAUUAGCAUGUAAUCUACUUGAGAAAUGUGGAUACCAUCCAAAUAUGAAAGAAAACAACGCGCUAGUUAAUGUACUCACAGACAUUGACGGGCUCGGUAGUAUUCUACAGAGUGGUCAACUUUUAUCGGAUUAUCGUCGUUUGGAAAGAGCUCAACCAUCUCACAUCGAUCCCUCACCAGAAGCAGAGGCUGGAGCCAAACUUUCACGUCGAGUACUCACGUGCUGCUGGGGAAGUAUGAUGACUGUCUUGACGUCGGGUCUCAAUCCAUCCAAGGAAGAAAAUACUAAAGGAAUUUUAAAUAGAGAGGGUGGCAGAAGAGGAGUUAAAGAUACAGUUGUGUUAGCCCUUGAGGGAUUACAUAAAGCUGCAACACUGAGUAACAUUCUGGGUCUCCAAAACCGAUGUGGUUCCAUUUUUUCGCUUCUUGCUAAAGCGUCUUGUAGUGAACAAUCCAUAUCAAAAUUAAGAAGAACCAAAGACGUUCUUAGACUUAAGUUACAGAAUAAAGGAACCAACAUACACACAUCCCACGCUUUGAGUAUGGAAGUAUUACUGGCGAGAGGUCUUGAAUUGGGUAGUCAUAGCAGUGAUUGUUGGCCGCACGUUUUUAUAUGUUGUUUAUACGUAUGUAAAUUAGAACAUGGGUUCUUCAGUAAAUCACAGAAUCAGAGCUUACCAAAAGCUCCACAAAAAAAAGAUAAUAACAUAGGAGAAAAUAAGACUACUCAAGAACGGUUAAAUCUUACUUUUAAUCUCACUGACGAAGAUGAGACCUGCGUGGAUGUGUACAGUUUUCUUUCAACCCCAUACAAUCAAAAUGUGACGUCGGAUUCUAUUCCAGAAAUUAUACAGGAAUCUAAUGCCGAUAACCAUUUCAAUGGUAUCUUACCUGCUGAUUAUGCAGCCAAAAUCAUUUGUGUUUUGUCCCAACUGGUCGAUAGACUCUUUGAAGAUGCUGCGUUAAAGUUAAAUUUACGAGCACUCUGCUCGUUUCUGAAUACUUUGUGUAUGGCCAGUCAAGCGCAAUUAUUUAAAACAACAAAUGGUUCAAAAGAAAACAAACGAUUCUGGUGGAGGCGCACUAAGCCAAGGGAGAAUGAUUUGAAUGUUUUACUAUUGACCAGACUGGGUGCAGUGAUGUUGAAGUGCGUAAGGAGUGGACGACCAUUGAUCCACAUUAUGAGGGUAUGGAGUAUUUUAGGGCCUCAUUUUAUGGAAGCAGCUUGUCACAAGGAUCGUGCUAUUUCAAAAAAAGCUGUGCAAUGCAUUCAUGAUUCCGUUGCUGCAUUGUUAAAUGAACAAAUAGAAUUACCACACUUCCAUUUCAAUGAAGCAUUGUUUAAGCCUUUUGAGAAUCUACUUUGCCUAGAGUUAUGCGACAGCGAUGUUCAAGACCAGAUUGUGAGCUGUAUUUGUGAAUUUGUGGAAACCAACAGAACAGAAAUCCGUUCUGGAUGGCGGCCUUUGUUUGGAGCUUUAAGGGUAGCUUCCGUUGGAAAUUCAGAUUCAAUAGAAUCGGAGCCUCUCCUAGAAGUAUUCAAAGUGUUUCUUUCAACGGAUAAUACUCUAGUAUUUGCCAACGCUGCACUAGAUUGCAUAUUGUGCUUGUUGAGGCACGUUAGAGGGCCUAGCGAUACUGGAUUUGAACAAGAACCAGAAUCUAAGAAAAUGCAGCUAUGCGUCGAAAGUUUGAAGUAUUUGUUAAGCUGCAGUGAUAUUCUAGGAUCGAUGUACUGUAUGCCGGCAUGUCCCAUUUUCCAUUCCGCACAAAGAAUUCAAGUGUCAACUAUUCCGCAAUAUGUGGAUGCUGUAAUCCCAAAUCUGGACUUGACAACCUUUGAUCCAAAUGGGGAGUCUCCGCAAAAAACAAUUCCAAAAAUAUCAUACAAAAUUUUAUCGACAGCCAAUGGAGUCCUUACCACAUUACAAAACUUGGACAAGCCCAGUGGGAUAUUGAGGGUGUGGUAUUUAUUGAUAGAAGGGCUUGCAAGUGCUACCAUGAUUUGUCCACGGAAGUACCAGCCGCAUACUUUGGAAACUUUGUUUCAUUUGUUACGAGAUAUAUUGAACAUACCAGGGCCGCAAUUUGGAUUAUAUUGCGUGAAUCAUCUGCUGCUACCUAUGGUUCAAAAUUGGUUGAGAAAAACCUCAAAAAUUUUCCGAGGUUGGGAUAAUUUUGCACCUAACUUCAAACAAUGUUGUGGUCUAACAACCGACUUGGUUGUAGAUUACCUAACUCAUUUGCAAGGACCUGAUGUUAUCAGAAACGAUUCAUAUUUACCCGCAACGACGUUGAUGCUCAAACAACUCUUGCUAGUGAUGGCUGAGUGUGUGGUACAGCCUACGGAAAGUAUUGCAAGAUUAGGAUGCGCAUGUAUCAGACACGUGCUUAUCAGCGGUGGCCCGAUGUUGACAGCGGAACAGUGGGAAGUUUGUGGAGUUGCAUGCUAUCGGGCGUGUUCGAAUUCACUUCAAGAACUCCACCAGCUAACGAUGGCAUUUUCUCCACGUUCCGAGUCGUUUUACGGUGAUGUAGCGCAGGUCAAGGUCGCUGCGCGUCGCGACGCCACCCCUGAGGAAUCCGAGCGUCUCCGACAGCUUGCCACGCAGGUCCUCCUUCUCGACGAACAGCGAGUGGAAGAGAUCUCCUCAUCACCUGACGACAGGUCCUUUGUGUUUCUGCUUUAUCCACCCUCAAUUGUCACAACACUCAACCCUGAUCUUUACAUUGUGAGAGUUCAGCUCAAAGCUCUAAUAGUUGGCCUCCUCGUGCAUCAGAUGCUGCUUCGUUGUAUAGCUAGCGUACUCCUACACGGAACUAGACGGCUCAUUCCUAGCCUUGCUCAGAUGAUUUUACAGCCAGCUACUUCACCUGUAAUCGAUACCUCGGAGAAAUCACUACCAGGAUACUUGACUUACAUGAAUCCAACGCACAUCGAUACGUUCCUGGCAGCCCUUGAUUUCUCUCAAGCUUCAGCGUUGAAGUUUGACUCUCGACCAGGGCUCAAAUUCCUGGUGCAAAAAGUCGCUAAUCUCGAUCAGGCCGCAAAUUUAUAUCAACAAGCCGGCGCGGCUUGGACUAUCAAGGUUGUAACUUUGUUCGAAUUGUGUCUCGAUGAGAUUUCUAAAACAGAAGCUGACGUCGAGACAAUUAAAUUAAUUCUUAAAGACGAAAUUGAAGAUAAUACCGCAGAGAGUAAGAGUGAUCUGUCUUUAUCAUCCGAAGUUGCGGAGGGGGAAAAAUCUGACGGAAGAGGUGCUCAAUCGACUCGUGAUUCGAGUAAAAAGUAUUCCAAUCUUUCUAAAUAUCUGAAAAUGUUGCAAACAACCUUUGACAAGGUAUGCGAAAUGUACGUAGAGGUAGUCAUUGACAAGGACGGGAAGCACUCCAGGGUCGAUCAAUUUUCGAGUCAAUCCGUAUUCUUCUUGGUCGCUCAACCUGACGACUACCCGGAGAUAAGGGGAAAGGAAAUCUCGGACAGCCGAGAAAAAGUCCAACCGGCAUCUGUCGCGAACGAUUCUUCUGCGAUCCCCCAUUACAAUACCGUCGAGAUGAUGCAGCGAAUUCACGAAAACAUUGAUACCGAUACUUCCGAUGAAGACGACGACGAGGUUGAGAUCUACAAUCCCAAUCUCGACGACGAAAGUGGACUCGAAGAACUCGGACUAGCGGAAAACGAAUCCAGACCUUUUAGAUUAUCGGAUCUGGCGGUCGAAUAUUCGACAGAUUCUGGACCACAAUCUGAACCCCCUGAUUCUGAUCCCUACGAUUCCAGGCCCGCUUCUCGAUUAGGAUCCAUUAAUGAUCAAAUUCUAUACUUGGAACAGUCAAGAGAAAGUUCUCGCGAGGGAUACAUCGACGGAUUAGAAGACGAGAAAAUCAUGAACCGGAUUAAUUCAAUCGCUCCUUCGAGGCUGGAUCACGUGGAUAUGGCGGGCGAAGAAGUAGCGGGAAUUACAUUGAAUUGUUCGAAAGAUCGAGCUGGUGUUCGACUUCUUGAAAAAUCGACUCUUUUAUCGAGGCAAAAUUCAUUGAAGUUUGUAUUUGGACCUAUGGAUGACAAGGGGAUCAGAGAAUCACCGCCUCCCUUGCGCUCCCAGUCUGUGAUGGAGCUCCGAAAGACGACGGCGAAACAACGAAAAGCUGCACACCAAAGUACGAGCAGUUCUCCGAGGUCUCUCCGGCCUUCCAAGUCCGUUUUCGAGUCGCCGAAAUUUCGGUCGUCAAAAAUUAGUAAUUGUGCGCAACAGUUGUCUUUGAGGACAUUAGAUCAGUUGGAGAAAGACAUUUCCUCAAGCGUCGAUCUCCCGGUCAGGGAAGUUCCUGACGGAGUUUCAGCCGGUGACGAGAAUUUGAGCGCUUUACUAGAUGCUUAUAAACGCAGUAAAAUUGGACUACGUACAAAUCCAUUUACGAUCGCCGCAAAAACUGCAGCGGAAGAAUGCCGAAGCAGACAACCACCGAUACCUCCGGAAGUCGAGUUGCAAAGGAAGAACAGUAUUUUCAAGGACCGCGAGGCGCAAUGCAGGGCGUGGGCUGAGAUUUUAAGUGCUGCUUUACAGUGGGCCUCCGUUUUACCGGAUGAGAAACUGGCGCCGUUACUUCCGGUUCUUGAAGGUGGCAUUCAAACUUUGACUAGGCACGCUGCAGAUCCACCGCUGAAGCAGCAUCUUGCGAUUAUAUUUCAUCGUAUCGCGGUAUUGUACGGCUUUUCAACAGUCUAAGAUCAAAUGCUUUUAAUUUCAGUUAAAGCUCGAGCUCAAAAUCCUCAAUAUUUGUAAACUAUUUUAAAAAGUACCUGUAGGCAGCAGGUAAACAGUAUUUUUAGUCGAUCCUCGACGGUGUUCACUGAAAAUUCAUCAGCAUACUGAAAUCUGGAAACGAGCGGAACACAAAUCGCUCAUUUUCAGCCACAUUCGAUUCGCCUGAUUCGCUCGGGAAGCAUUCUAGUCAGUGUUAGUGUUUUUAAUGAUAUCAGUAAACUGUAACAUGGAGUUCCUGAUUUUCCUGAAUUAUCCGAUACUAUAUUCAUAACACUUAUAUUCCUGCAUGUAUUUAGUCUGGAUUGAAUCCCUAUCGUCGAAGAUAACUCUUAAUAAUCAGGAUGUUUUUACUAUAAAUAAUUUUUGUAUGCCUAUAAAUAUAAUUUAUUUUCACUGUCGACUUAACAGCUAUGCGAAAUAAUAUAUAUUUUUUUAGUUAUCCUUGCCCAUUGAUUAGAAAUAUGAUUUGUCGGCAUUUUGUACAUCAUUAAAAAGAACCUUAGAGCGUUCUGUCCGGCUGUGAGGAUUCUAGUUACGAUUAAAGUAUCUUAUACGAUAAUUUUUUAGUUACUUAAUUUUAUCACUUAAAUAUAUUUGCAUUGGUUUUUUCAUUUUUUAUGCGAAAUCGUUACCAAAUUUUCAGUUCUCGUAACUGUUUGGAUGAGAAUAAUUAUUAAACACGUUGAAACAUUUCGAGAAAAAUUUUAAAAUACAAGUUAUCAAUGAAUUUAGACCAAGAAGCACAACAUUGUGAGUGAAAAAUAGUUAAUUCUUGAAGUGAUAGUUACAGUUCAUCUUUUAACCACAUGCAGAAAUAAGAACGAUAAAAUUAAAUAAAAUAUCGAAACCAGAACAAAAAAUUUUAUGAUAAUAAUUGAGAAAUGCCUACUUAAAAACAUAUAUUAUAUCUAAAUCUAUAUAUGCAUAUUAUAUAUUUAAUAUAUUAUUGUACGAUCGGACAUACGAGCCAAUUAUUAUUUUAAAUGAAUAAAAUAACUAGGUAUAAUGUUGUGAUUACUGUGAAUGAUAGUUGUAUUGAAUAUGUUAUUUUUUGGAGCAUAUUACCAGUAUUGUCAUCCCAAGACAAUACAUUAUACUGUACUGUGCAAUAAAAGCAUAAGAAAGCAGCGUCAGCAUUA